AUGAAGAGGACGAGCCCUUCGUCUUCCCGGACCCAGAGCCCCUCCCUGCGGAACACCCCCCAAGCGGGGCCACGCCCGUUUCGCCCGCGGCCCUCGCUGACAGACAGGAAAGGCAGAGAAACAGAUCAGAAAGGGGGACACGGAGGGAACAGGCAGGACAAAAGGACCGGGAGUGAACGAAGGGAACAUCGGGGAAAGAGGAGCAGAAGCCAGAGGGACGAGGGACAAAGAGAGGAGGGACAGAGACAGGAGGAACAAAGCGAGGGGGAGCAGAGGCAGGAGGGACAAAGACGGGAGGGACAGAGACAGGAGGAACAAAGCGAGGGGGAGCAGAGGCAGGAGGGACAAAGAUGGGAGGCCAGGGAGAGAAGGAGGGGGAACCAAGAGGAGCCCGAGGGAGACCCAGCGGGCGACGGGAGGCAGCCGGAAGGGCUGCAGGCGGCCGGGAGGCCGGAGCCGGAGGGGCCGAGGAGACGGGGUGAGGGACAGACGCAGGGACGAAGGAGGGAGUCGGAGGGGAGACCAGGGAAGGGGACGAAGGAGCUGGAAGGGACCCUGGCGAGGGCAAGGAGAGAGGGGGAGCCGCAGCAGACGGCGACGUCCUCCGACACGCCAGAGCGGGAGGACCAGCAGGCGAAUGAGGAGCCGCCGUCGGGGGGCCCGCAGGCAACCGAUAAGACGCCGGAGGAGGGACCGAGGCAGGGCGACGAGGCCGCGGAGGGGGACCCGCAGACGACAGCCGACCCGGAGGGCCAGGACCCGCAGGUGCCGACCAAGCCCUAG